AGGACAUAAACAAUAUGGAGGACACCGUUGCUACCAAAAUUGACAUUUACAGAAUGUAGUGAUUUGAGUAAUUUUAGAAGUAUUGGUGUACUUUUGCUGUACUCAAAACGUAGUCUGUUAUAUAUUUUGACAUAUUGGAACAGUAUUUACUUUAUGAUUUAUUGACAAACAAUGUUUUCACAAAAGAACUCGCACAGAAAAGAUCUGGCUAAGAACCAAGUCAAUGGCUUUGAUCAAAAUCAGUAUUAUCUUGACGCAGAUCCUGAUUUAAAUAAAGAUGUAGAGAUAGUGAUUCCAAGGGCUAGUGCUCGAUCACGAACUACAAUGUCAGCAAAGUCACAGAAAACGACUCAUAGCAAGGCUUCAGAAAAUGACAAUAUUGUGCGUUCCCGGGGAAGACCUAUUAAACCCCAUGAGACGGAGCCAUUUUUAUCCAUCGACAACCUGCCCCCAGAAAAAACUUUUGUGUCAGACAAGACAGCUGCAACCCCGAGCCUCGUUCAAUCUAGAGCCUCCAUGCAGAAAACCCCAUUUCAAUCCAUUCAUCAACCGUCCUUUCAUCGUUCAGAGAGAUCAAAUGUUCCACGUCAAACUUCCCCCUCAGCGAGAGCAAAUCCUGUGACUACUUGCCCAGUGGAGAACACAGUAACAACCACAGAGGGGAGAACCAGUCAAGAUCAGGCAAAUAUGGCCAAUAAACCAGACAAAAAUAACCAGUCUGACUUUCACCUUGACCUUUCACCCCUCUCUGCAAUGUCAAGUCCAAAUGAUAAUUUAUCCCAAGGCAAUAGGGAUUCUGCAGAAAAUAGUCACUGCAUUGUUAUGAAGCCAGAGAUUUUGAACAACUUUAUUGAUAAUGCAGACACUCAGCCACUAUCACAAGAGGUCAAACGUCAAAAAGGUCAGCGGCCCCACACAGCUAAUGCUAAACUUGAAAAUGGAAGACACCCAACUGUGUCAGCAAAACUUAAUUUUAUUCACUCCACGUCCUCAGACUGUCUUAAUGAUCUAUCAGCAGGAAAAACAGUUAAGUCUUCUGCCAAAAAUGUUAUCUUUAGUAACAAAAGUAAAUAUCGGUCUGGAACCGCCCCCAGACCGAAUACUUCACCUCUAAGGUCAAGGCCUUCUUCAAGGUCAAGUCAAAUGUCAAGGCCAAACACUGCUGGAUCUAGGACUGGUUCUCGCCUCCUAGGUUUGGGUUUCAGGAGCAUUACAUCAAGGACAGGUCGGGUAACUCCUGCAAAUACUCCCUAUCAGUCGCCUAACAAGCAGGUACGGCAGGCCAAUCAUCACGUGCGGUCACCGUUCAAACACGCUGUCGACAAACCAGACCUUAGUCCAGACGGCCGUGAGACCCCGUCCAUGGGUAUGAAGGAACGAACGGCGCUUGCCGCGUUCCACGUACACAAGAUGCUUGCUGUGGCGGGGGAGAGGGACACACACAAGGUCAAUGGAAAACUUCUCAAGGGAAAACUUAAACCUCUCUACCCUGUGAAAGUGGAUGGGCCAGGCAUUACCAACUGUAGAGGAAUCGUUUCUGAGGCGCACUCGUACCAGGCGUCGCCCAGUCGUACACUGCAGCGCCGCAUCCAGCUGAUGACGUCGAUACCAAACGUACAUGAGUACCUGUAUGACAGACCACGCACCGUUGAAUCUGUUCACCAGACCUCCGUGGCCACCAGCAUUGACGACAACUAUGACGAGAAUAUUGACUCUGACAGGAACCUGCCAGAUGAGGUGCUGUACCGGGCCCCUACCCUGAUGGAGCCCCCUGCCCCAGAGAACACCUUCAUACCCGCCCCCUCUCAUGAGCCAACAUAUAUACAAGAGAACAUAUCAGCUCAAGGUAAAACAAUUCUGGAAGAGACUCCUAGAAUGUUCGCUACGGAGACAGGAAAGAACAAAUCAGAUCUUUUGAUUUCGAGCAACAUACACCAUGAAAUGCACAUCAGUGAAUCUGAUGAAAACAUUGACCAUUUGCCAAUAAAUUCUGUAGCAGAUGCCAACAAAAACAAUAUGAAUGCUGGGCACAGUGUUGGUGACGAUGCUGAAGAGAUGUUUCAAGACAAUGACAGGCUUGGAAGCCAAUCAAAAUCUGUUCAUUUUGUGGAGAAGAGAGCAAAAGCAAGGUCUAAAGAAGUAAACGAGGAAAGCAAGGAGAUGAAAGAGCUUACCAAUGCAAGUAUAGCAAAGCAAGAAAAAGAAGGGACAGUUAGUGAUGUGAAUGAUGAUGAUGAAGUUGCCCGGAAAAACAAAAAAAAUGUAAAGGAAUCUUGUAAGGAGGAUGGCAUGGAUACAUUAAAAAAGAAGAGAGAUGAGAGCGAUGAUGAUGAUAAUGAUGAUAAUCAACACAAAGAUGAUAAAUAUGGAGGAAGAGCUAAUAAACAAGAAUCAUCUAAGGCUAGUUCAUCUGUUAGCACGAAAGGAACAAACCAUGACAGUAACAAAGAAGAAAAGAAAGGUGGUAACAAAGAUGCGGAAAAUGUUCCAAGGGAUAUUAACAGCCAGUACCAGAAAACACCACACGCUUCUAUAAACCACACUAAAAAAUAUGCACCAGAUGGUAACAUCAAACCAGAUAAAAAGAAAUCAUCAAGACCAAAUUCAGCCAACAGAGCUAAAUUAUCUGCCCGUUCUAAACAAAGAUCAUCAGAACAAAGUAGCAGACCAAGCUCAAGUAGGUGUCUUAGCCGGGAAAGAGACAGUCGGUGCUCCAGAUAUGAAAAGUCAAAGGCCAGUAAGAUGCAUACAAACAAACUGGAAGUGACUUAUGUUAUCCAUGGUGACAAGGUCGUGACCUCUCUGGGCUCUGAAAGCCCUCAUAGGGGUCGCAGUAGGUCUGCAAGCCCCUGUCGAAGCAGAAGGUCAAGUUUUAGAGUUGACAGUGAUGUUGAAGAUGCAGGUAGGCACUGCGUUGGCCCUGAAGAUCAAAAUGAUAAUUGUAAUGUUACAAGUUAUAGGUCAAAGGUCAAGUUCAUGCUGGAGGGGGAAGAACCAGAAAUGGAGACAAUAUUUAUAGAGGAUGAUGACGAGAUCGGAGUAAAGCCUGACAAACUUAUUGAUUUUGAUGUUUUGGAUUCAGAAAUUGCUCUAUUAAGGUCUAACAUUCAAAAUUCUUUGCUCAAGACUGAGAUAUUGGAAGAUGCUGAUGUCAAAUCUGAAUCUGAUCAAGAGCUUCAGACAGAAGAAGAGAAAGAAAGUGAUCUGGAAGGCUCAGUGGUCAUGGAUACUGAAGCUAUUGAAUCUAUAAGAGGGGAUUACUCAAACAUUCUUGAAAAAUACAGGCAAAAAUGCAUGGAUCAUAGUGAGGCAUACGGUGCUAUUAGUGAACGCCUGGUAACUCCUCGAAAUACGCAGAAUUUUAUUUCUUCUGGGCAACGGUCUCAUUGUGAACGAUCAAACAGUUCACAUAUAGGGAGCUCAGUGAGGCGUAGGAAAAAUAGCUACUCUGGAGAAAAUUCAGUUGGAGGGGUCAGUGACAGUGGCAGAGGUUCGGUGGAAAAUUUAUCGGAAAUAUCUCAAACAGCCAGCUCAACCUUCACUGAUACAUGCAUUCCUAAACUUGACCUUUGCGAUGCAACUAGUGACCUUGACCUUAACACUGAUCGCACAGAUGUCACAGUAACCAAUGAAAUGAUGGAGAUUGAAGAUGAUCUACUCAAGAAGAAUAUUUUAGAAAUUGUCUGCGACCAGCUGUCACCUUUGUCAAAGAAACAGUUUGCAAAAGAUCGGAAAGAAUCUUUGAAAAAGAUUUUACAUAGUAAAACAAUUCAGAGGGAGGAGGAUGUUUCCAAACUGAAAGUGGUUGCCACUUCAAAAUCACUGUCAAAAACAAAACAUGGGCAGAACUCCCACAUUGGUGACCCCAGACCCACGUUCCCUCCCCUGUGUUUCACCAUCAAUGCCCGACCUCCCGCGGGAUAUCUCUACUACUUUGCCUAUGGGCCUGACAUGAACCCUCACAGGCUGGGAAGCUACAUUCAACGAGAGAUAGACCACAGGUACUGGGGACUGCUGUUCGGCUUCAACCUGGUAUUCAACAAGAAAGGUACAAGUGAGGAGGCCGGUGGAUUCGCCAAUCUGGAGUUCAACCCACUGAGGUCUGUGGAGGGGUGUAUUUACCGCAUCACACCCGCCGAACUGCUGAGGUUGGACAAAUGUGUGGGAUAUCCACAGCACUACGCCCAUGUGGUGUUGCCUGUCUGGUUAUCCAACUCGGCCGAUGUGGAUGCGGUAGGGGUCUCCCAGUACUGUGUGCCCGCCCUCACCUUCAUAGCACAGCAGCACUGGACUGAGACCGAACGACAGUUGCCGUGUGACUACGCAUUAUCCCAGUGUAUAAAGAGUGCUGACCUUGUGACCCCUAGUUACCGCGACUCCCUUGUUGCCAUGGCAGCACAGCAGCCUGUACAGGUGGCCGGUUGAUAAGGCGAUGACACAUUGAUGACCAGCAACUGUUUUGCAGAAUAUUUUCAUUGAAAGUCAGAAGGUCCUAUCAGUGUAUGUGCUUAGAAGGCUGAUAAGGCAUUCUGGCUCUCAGCAGAUGAUUGUUCCAUGAAAGCCAGGUCAUUUCAGUGUAUGUAACAAGAAGACUGAUAAGGCAUUCUGGCCUGCAAAGAGGGAGAUAUUGAAUGAAUUUGUUAAUACCUAAACAUCCAAACGCUAAACAAUUGCUUAUAAGCUAAGGAAUAGCUCUAAAACUUAAUUAAUUUUAAUGCUAACAAGGUCUUACACCAAACAAUCCUGUUUUAAUUGGACAUAUUAUCGUUUUUUUAACAGUAAUGUAACUCCUUUAAUUGAUUUGUAUACACCCAAUAUCAUGGACAAUUUUGCAGUGGAAUUAAUGUGCUGUAUUAUUAUCUAGAGUAAACUGGUGUGAUGUUAACCCAUUUAUGCCUAGCGUCUAGGCCAGCGUCUAGAAAAAGGCCUUUGCAAACAGCGUAGACCCAGAUGAGACACCGCAUGAUGGGGCAUCUCAUCAGGGUCUGCGCUGUUUGCUGAAAGGAAUUUCUGUAAGAAAUAUUCUAAAUAUAGAAAUAAAUAUAUUAGACAUCCCUAAUUUUGGAAAUAAAUUAAUCCAAUUUAGAAGGAUGGGGGAGUCCACUAGGCAUAAAUGGGUUAAAAUAGAGGUUUAGUGUUAAGCACAGUGUGAUAAAAGAAUGUUACUGUGAUGUUGUAAGUGAAUACCUUUGCAAAAUUGUGAUAAAAAGUUUUAUCCAGAAUUCAAUCUUGUUGAGGGAUGUACGUGUAUACAGUUGCAUGUGUUUGUAAUCACUUUUAACCCUUUCCCACUUAGUUAUGUAUUUUCGUGCAUUUUUAGUUCCUUAGAAACGUACAUUUAAUUUAAGAACGUUCUUACUAGAUUCAAGUUUUUAAGGCUUCAUCUCCAAACCUUGAGAUACUGAUGAGCAGCAAACUGCAUCAGGCCUGAACAGACUGCAAGUUACUAGCAGGCUGUUCUGGUUUUAUGCUGUUUGCACAUAGCCAUUUUCACUUUGCUUCUGAGUGGGAAAGGGUUAAGAUUGUUUUUUAGUUAUGGUUGAUGAAGAGUUAAUGUUCCACAACAUUCUUGUAUAUUGGUACCCAUUGUUUUUUAUGUCCCCCACCACUAUAGUGGCAGACAUAUUGUUUUUGCCCUGUCUGUUGGUUGGUUGGUUUGUGUGUUUGUUUGUUUGUUUGCUCCAACUUUAACAUUUUGCCAUAACUUAUGCAAUAUUGAAGAUAGCAACUUCAUAUUUGGCAUGCAUGUAUAUUUCAUGGAGCUGCACAUUUUGAGUGGUGAAAGGUCAAGGUCAUCCUUCAAUGUCAAAGGUAAAAAAUAUAGCUUCAAAGAGGAGCAGAAGGGUACAUAGUGUUUCUUACAACAAACACAUAUCUUGUUUAAAUUAUAUCUAAGUGGUCAUGAAACUUAGCUUGGAUAUAAAAACUGAUUUGUGGCUGAUGCAAAACACUUGUCUUUUAGCAAUAAAAUUAAGAAAGCGUUGGGACUAAUGCAUUUACAAGUAAUUACAGUUUUGAAAGUGCAUGAAAUGAGAAAAAUAUAUAUAACGUUGUUUGUUGUUUUGUGGGCUUGUUGUAAUGUAUAUUGUAUUGUGGUAAGGAAUUGACGGUUUUAUUUUGCAAGCUAAGGAAAUCUGUACACUUUAAAAGUGAUUUAGCGAGAAUAAAUUAAUGGCAGGGGGGGAGGGGCAUAAAAAGGGGCACUGUAAAUCAUUUUAUUGUAAUCUUUGCUUUGAACUUUGUACAUUGUACUUGACUUUAUUGUGCUGUUUCGACUUCAGUUUUAUAUUAAAGCAUUCAUUCAGCAUAUAAAAGAGAAAAUAUUCCAGUUAAAAAUAGUUUGAUGCUUAUACUGUAUGUUUCUCAUUAAUAUGGUCAAAAAGCAAAUAAAAACAUGCUAGAUUUUUCUGUACUGACAAUCAAAAGAGUAUCAAAAAGGCUGGAGCAAUAUUUUUAAAGGGUGGGGCAUACAUUUGGAAGGUGGGGGGACUUAUAUAUUAUAAAAUGGUUGGGCAUACAAUUGGAAGAGCCCAACCCUUCCAUUCAGCUUUAGCUGAAUCCCUACUUCAUAUGCUGGUACUCAUAAUUGUUCUGUAAAGUUUUGUAACAUUGGACUGGUUCUGUGUUUGUUAUUAUAUAAAUAAUUUGUGACAAUAUUAUGGCUAACAAAAUAAACCUGUUUAAUAUACUAACUUAAUUGGAGCAAUAUUCGGGAUGAUUUCUAAAUACUCUUGCAUUAUAACCUUGCUGCACUUUUGUUAAAUGAAGAGGUGCAACAUUAACAUUUGCUCAUUUUAAACCAGGCACUUAGGUACUGAGUCUUUUGAGUGAGGCUUAGAAUCUGCAGAUUCUCAAGCCUUAACCCUUUGCCCCUUAUAAACACACAUUGAUGCGUUUGUAGUCCCUUAGAAAAUCUAAUUACAUUUAAAAUCUUCUUUACUAGCAUCAAGUUUUAAAGGCUUCAUUUCCAACCCUUAGAUACUGAUGAGCAGCAAACAGCAUAAAACCUGAACAGACUGCAAGUUACUCCCAGGCUAUUCAGGUUUUAUGCUGGUUGCAAAUGCCAUUUUUACUUUGCUUCUCAGAGGGAGAGGGUUAAAUGGUAGGCGCCUGUUAAAAAAGUUACAUGUGGAUAGCGAUAUGUAGAAACCAAACAAAAAGAUCUUUAAUUGAUAUGUGCCUAUUGUUCUCCUUCUUCAAUCAUUAAUUGUUGUAUUUGGUGAUCAAGACAAUAAGAUGACAUUGUUAUGCCAUGUUAAAUACGUUAAAAAGGCUUCCCCACAGUUUGUGAAUGAAGCUAUGUUUCUACCAUAGGAUUUUCAUUUGUUAAUGUUUCGGAUAUUGAUGGAAGAAAAAUAAUUUUACUUUUUUCUAUGAACAUCUAUGAUCGUUUUGAUGCGAAAUAAAUUGAGUAUUAUUUCUUAAUAAAUUCAACAGUGAUUACCAUGUCAUUGUGAAAUGUCUAUUUUUAGCUCACCUGAGCAGAACGUGCUCAUGGUGAGCUUUUGUGAUCGCUUUUGUCUGUCGUCCGUUGUCCAUUGUGCGGCGUCAACACUUGCCUGUUAACUCUCUAGAGGCCACAUUUAUUGUCCAAUCUUCAUGAAAUUUGGUCAGAAGAUUGGUUUCAAUGAUAUCUUGGAUGAGUUUGAAAAUGGUUACGUUUGCUUGAAAAACAUGGCUGCCAAGGGGCGGGGCAUUUUUUCUUAAAAGGCUAUAUAUGGCUAUUGUAAAAUCUUGUUAACACUCUAGAGGCCACAUUUAUUGUCUGAUCUUCAUAAAAUUUGGUCAGAAGAUUCAUCCCAAUAAUAUCUUAGACGAGUUUGAAAAUGAUGCCAGUUGGUUGAAAAACAUGGCCGCCAGGGGGCGGGGCAUUUUUCCUUAUUUGGCUAUAGUAAAACCUUGUUAACACUCUAGAGGCCACAUUUAUUUUCCGAUCUUCAUGAAACUUGCUCAGAAGAUUUGUCCCACUGAUAAUAUGGAUGAGUUAAAAAAUGGUAACCUUUGCGCUUGAAAAACAUGGCUGCCAAGGGGCGGGGCAUUUUUCCUUAUAUGGCUAUUUAUGGCUAUAGUAAAAUCUUGUUAACACUCUAGAGGCCACAUUUAUUGUCCAAUCUUCAUGAAACUUAGUCAGAAGAUUCAUCAGAAUAAUAUCUUGGACGAAUUUGAAAAAGAUGCCGGUUGGUUGAAAAUCAUGGCGGCCAGGGGGUGGGGCAUUUUUUCUUAUAUGGCUGUAGUAAAACCUAAUUGUUAACACUCUAGAGGCCACAUUUAUUGUCCAAUCUUGAUGAAAUAUGGUCAGAAGAUUUGUCUUAAUGAUAUCUUGGAUGAGUUCGAAAAUGGUUACGUUUGCUUGAAAAACAUGGCCGCCAAGUGGCGGGGCAUUUUUCCUUAUAUGGCUAUAUAAGGCUAUAGUAAAAUCUUGUUAACACUCUAGAGGCCACAUUUAUAGUCCGGUCUUCAUGAAACUCGGUCAGAAGAUUCAUCCCAAUAAUAUCUUGGACGAGUAAAAAAAUGAUGCCGGUUGGUUGAAAAACAUGGCCACUACGGGGCGGGGCUAUUUUCCUUAUAUGCCUAUAGUAAAACCUUGUUAACACUUUAGAGGUCACUUUUAUUUUCCGAUCAUCAUGAAACUUGGUCAGAAGAUUUGUCCCAAUGAUAUCUUGGAUGAGUUCGAAAAUGGUUUUGAUUGCUUUAAAAAACAUGGCCACCAGGGGCGGGGCAUUUUUCCUUAUAUGGCUAUAUAUGACUAUAGUAAAACCUUGUUACCUCUAGAGGCCACAUUUAUUGUCCAAUCUUCAUGAAAUUUUGUCAGAAGAUUGGUCGCAAUGAUAUCUUGGAUUAGUGCGAAAAUAAUUAUGUUUGCUUGAAAAAAAUGGCUUCCAAGGGGUGGGGCAUUUUUCCUAAUAUGG